AUGGCCAUCUCGCUCAGCUUGGAGCUCCUCUCCCUAUCCCAACAAUGGCAGCUCCUCCUAGCACUCCUUCCGGCCAUCUCCCUCGUGUUCUUGACAAGGAGACUGAGCAACAAACGGCUCAGGCUACCGCCAGGCCCAACCCAGGCGCCGAUCCUGGGGAAUCUGCACCAGCUAGGCCAGCUGCCACACCGGAGCUUACGGGACCUGGCAUGGCGGCACGGGCCGGUGAUGCAGCUGCAGCUCGGCACGGUGCCGACGGUGGUGGUGUCGUCGGCUGAGGCGGCGCGGGAGGUGAUGAAGACGCAUGACGAGGAUUGUUGCACCCGGCCCGUGUCCCCGGGGAUGAAGCGGCUGUCCUACGGCCUCAAUAACGUCGGGUUCGCGCCCUAUGGCGCCUACUGGCAGGCGAUGCGCAAGUUCCUCAUGGUCGAACUCUUCGGCGUGCGGCACGCCAAGGCCACAUGGCACGCACGUCAGCACCAGGUGGAGAAGCUGAUGAGCACCUUGAGCGGCUUGGCCGGAGAGCCCGUGGCGCUCAAGGAGCACAUCUUCAGACUCGCCGACGGCAUCAUUGGCAUGAUGGGGUUUGGCGACAUGUACAACAGCGACAAGUUCCCACACCACAAGAACUUGGAGCACGUGCUCGAGGAGGCCACACACGCGCAGGCCAGCUUUCCCGCCGAGGACUACUUCCCCAACAUUAUCGGCCGCCUAGUCGACCGAAUCACCGGCCUCGCUGCUCGCCGCGAGCGGAUCUUCAAGCAGCUUGAUACCUUCUUUGAGAUCAUCAUUGAGCAGCAUCUUGACCCUCGGCGCGUCAAGCCUCACAAUGGCGACCUCGUUGACCGCCUCAUUGGCCUCUGGAAGGACAAAAGUGGCACCCUCAGCAUCACGAGAGACCACGUCAAGGGCAUCAUCUUUGGCACGUUCAUUGGUGGCUCGGACACGGCCUCGGUGACGAUCCUAUGGGCGAUGGCGGAGCUGAUCCGGAAGCCACGACUACUGAAGAAGGUGCAAAACGAGAUCAGGGGCGUGGUGGGCGGCAACGAGAGGGUGCGCCACGACGACCUGGCCAAUCUGGGCUACCUCAAGAUGGUGGUCAAGGAGACCCUACGGCUGCACCCGCCAGCGACGAUGUUGCUGCCGAGGGAGGCCAUGAGGGACAUCCAAAUUGGCGGCUAUGAUGUGCCGGCCAAGACACGGAUCUAUGUGAACGCAUGGGCCAUUGGCAGGGACCCGACAAGCUGGUCUGAUGACCCAGAGGAGUUUAAGCCAGAGAGGUUUGAGGCGAGCGAGAUAGACUUCAAGGGCGCACAUUUCGAGCUAACGCCAUUUGGCGCGGGGCGGCGGAUAUGCCCCGCCCUGUCUAUGAGCACCGCAACCGUGGAGUUCACGCUGGCCAACUUGUUGUACUGCUUUGAGUGGGCGCUCCCCGAGGGGACUGCAGUGAGCAUGGAGGAGGAAGGUAAGCUCACCCCCCUCCUCAAGACGCCACUCGUGCUGGUGCCCACCGCGUACCGGCGGCCGGCCAGCUGA